AAAUAGACGCAGACCGGUGCGACGGCUCUAUAAAAGUGUCGAUUUUACGCAAAAAUAAUCCUCCAGAACUGGCUUCAGAUGUGACUGAUCUGCUUUUGGUUGAACACAAAGAUAAAACUACAGAGAUAGAAGCUGUGCCCCAGAGAUUUUUUUUUUACACAGAACAUGAGCAUUCAGGGCCUACCAGAGAUGAAGGGCUAUGACCCACUAGAUACCACCCUUAAGUUUGUCACCAGGAGGGAUGACUUGGAUCCAAUUUCCUCAGAUGAUGACUCUCUCAGAGCAGAGAUGUCCUGCGGCCACGCCGUCACUCCUGAAUCUCUAACACAGUGGUGUCGCAACCUGCUGGACCAGGGGCAUUACAUAUUUAAAUGCCCUGCACUGGUAGAGGGGACCACAAGGUGCAAUAAGGUGUGGUCGUACCAAGAGGUGCGCAGACUGGCAGAUUUAUCUGUUGAGGAAAUGCAGCACUUUGAGGACAACAUGGCCCGCAUGGCUGCUGCUAGACACUGCGAGUUUCAGCCAUGUCCCCAGUGCAAAACAAACAUGGAGAGGAAGGAUCUUUCCAACCUGUGUGUCAUAUGUAUCAUAUGCACAGCUGAUCAGGGGGGAACCUAUCAGUUCUGCUGGCAGUGUCAGAAGCCAUGGAAGGGCUCAGCUCCUCGAUCGGACCGCUGUGGCAACGAUGACUGCAUCAACAGGGACCUGCAACUGCUGCAGACAUGCAAAUCCAUCGACCUGCCGGAGGUGGCGGGCGUCACCAGCUGCCCCUCUAUCCGACUCUGUCCUACAUGUGGCAUGAAGAUAGAACAUAGUGGACAAAACUGCAAAAAUGUUAUAUGUCCUCGAUGUCAUAAGGAGUUCUGCUUUGUUUGCCUGAAACUAACGCGGCAAUGUUGCAAGACCAGUUCACCAUUCAGAAUCUGCCCAGCCAGUGUAGCUCCAAGACAGACUUCUAUUCCGGUAUGGCAGAGAAAAUGAAGGCAAUCCGGUGUCUUAUCUUAAUUCAACAAGAGAUCUUUAACAGAAGUGUUUAAAAACACAACAAAAAAUCAAUGCAUUUAUUUUGAAAGGUCUCAAUAUAGUCUCCUGGACACCAAAUGUUUGUGGCAUGUAACUCUGCUCCACAAGACAACUAGGUUCUUAUUUGUGGUUUCUCUGCCUCCCCCUGGCUGAACUUUAAAUUGCACAUGACAAAUAUGUUUGGUAUUUACCUCUGAAUCUCCAUUACUGAAAUACUUAAGAUGUUUUAUAUAUACAAAAUGGAACCUGUUUUAUUUUAAUUAGCUUUUUCUGUAUACCAGUGUGGCAAAAUCUACCUGGUAAAACUUAAUUUAUACUCAGUGUGAGAGGGAAUCUUUUAUAAAAAAUAGAUCUGGAUGUAAAUUUUGAUUUACAUCUCAAAUUCACCCAGACAAGGCUAUUGUGUGUCUGUAUCAUUAACAUUAGAAACACUCAUUAAGAUCAAGUAAAUUAAACAUAACUUAAGGUUUUGUGUUUUCAUUCCAAUCAGACAAGUGUCAU